AAAGCUAAGAAAGGGAAGAAGAAGAACAGCUGCGCAACCAUUACGACGUAGCUCUCGCUUAAUCGACGGUUUGUAUUUGAUAAUUCACGCACUUCCAAAGAUGGUCAGACCGCAUUUUGGACCACCACGCUUAAAGCCCAGACCUUAUGGGGAUGGUCAUGGCAUUGGUUCAAAUGAAGGGAAUUACAACCCCAAUUCCAAAAACCGAAGAGAUGUCCAGGGUUACCCAGUCAAGGCUCCUUUUAACUGGAGAGAAACCAGAGGUAGAGGACGACCCCCAGUAGUCAGAAGAGUCCCCCUGAUGGGAGAGCAAAGGGAACCGCGUUUCAAUCACUGGAGGUCCCCGAGUCAGGAUUCCUUUCAAUCGCACCCUCCCAAAAUGGAACCACACCAUAGCCAGCGGAGGCCUUCUCCAUCUCGGCCAAACCGCUCCUCACCUCAUGUCCAGCAUCAGUCAUCCUCUCGCAGUCCUGCACAAGGAUCCCCGAGUCAAAGGGGCCCGCCUUUCCAUGGCCACCCCCCAGAUCACAGGUCAUCUUCCCCAAGACAUUUUCGUAGCCACCCUGCUGAUAGGAGGCCAGGAUCUACACCAGCCGGCCGGGGGUCUUUCAGGGGCCAUAAAAGGCAGCCAGGUUUUCUGCAUCAGGAACAGCGGAGUCGAGACCCCCGUGGAGAUUACAGUCCCAGAGAAAGGCCUAAAGAGCACACAGGUCAUGGCACGAAGCGCUGGAAUGAGGCUGGAGCAUUCUCUCAUCCACACAAUGGAGAGCACGGGCCCUCUGGGCCACAGAGGAGCCCCAGAGAGAUGCAUAGGAGAGGCUCAAUGCCAGAGAGGUGGUCAUCUGAGCAAGAGUCCAGGCGGCAGCGUGGCCCGGUGGAGAGGCAGGGCAGCAGAUCCCACAGCAGAGAAAGGGCACAAGAUGUCCCUCACCUGCCCCCUUUCAGACCCUCCUCAUGGAAAGGAGGUCCCUCACCAUCAUCCUCCUACCACAGGAGCCCUGAGGAGAGGCAAAUGGCAGGACCACGCAAGAGGAGGAUAUCCCAAAUCAGCAUGCCCGCCUCUGACCCUGCACUGGAGUAUGGCAAUUCAAAACAGCCCCGGAGAGAGAGACCCCAGCUGCUCAAUCUUCCAAGGCCAUUUGGUGGUAAACCUUUGUCUCUUAGGGAUAAAAGUUUCCUGGUUAAGAACAGACAAAUCCGAGCAGAGUCUCUAAUGAGGCUCAAAAUACCUCCAUUUGUGAAACCCAGGUCUCGCCUGGGCGACCCUGUCUCCCAGGGAAAUGUCAACUCUGUUCUUGCAAUGAGGAAGAAACGUUUCCAGUCAAAUGCAGUUCCCCUGAAAAAGCUGGAUUCAAGGAGGACUAAACCACAACAGUCACCCUCAAGAGCUGAAAGCAGUGCCAGCAAGUCAUCAAGAGACUCUGAUACAGGCAAAGAACAGGUGGAGUCUCGCCGGUCCUUGAACACACACAGAUCUUCACCCAUAGAGAAGCGUGACCUUGUUGUUUUGUCCCACUGGCCACCCGGGCCGAGCACGUCCUCGAAGGAUGGCUCGCCUCCCAAUAUUCGCAACCCAAAACUAAAGAGUGAACGCUGUUCAGAUGCAGAAGACACAGCGAACAGUCGACUCUCAAAGACAAAUGAUUCCAGAUCGUCGCCGGACGACCGAAAGCGGACCUAUUUGGAUAAGAGAAUGUUUAGGCCAUUUAAUUUGAUGCAAGACAACCACAGACCCGGGAGGCCUUUCAGGAGGCCAGGGCCAGGGCCAGGGCCAGGGCCAGGACCGGGACAAGGACCAGGACCCAUGCAGAGACCAAAGUUCACCGGUGGUCCAAGGAAGAUGGCCCCUGAACUGUCUGGAAAUGUCAGAAGACCACUCAUGGAGAGCUUAGUACCACGUCCCUUCCCAAAUCAGAGGCCGGUGUUCAGAAAAAGUCACAGUAUCAUGUCCAAAUACCGCACCAUGAGAGUGAUGCGUCAGCGCCCACCGUACAGCCGAGGACCCAACCAGCAGCGCUGUUGAUCACCUCCGGUCCCACAUUCUGCAGACAUGAUACUGGAAACUGGAAAGAUCUCAUCAAGGUCUUCUCUGCUGGGUGGACUGCACAAACCCUUCUCCCACUGCAGUCCCAGCCUGCCUGUAUAUUGUGGAAGUGUUGUUGCUUACAUUUGUUCUCUGGUACAAGUGUUUCCGUCGCAUCUUUAAAGUACUGCGGCACUUUUGUUUUAGAAUAUUUGUAACACAUGCCAUGGCAUUCUGCUGUCCUGCUUUUUUUCUGAUGUAUAGUUACUUCAGAUCUGCUGCUUGUGUUCUUUGCAGUCUCCAUUUUACAGAUAUAGUUAUAUCAUUUUCUUUGUUGACCAGCAGCAAUCACCCAAGAAGUAUUUACUGAAUAGAUCACCUUCAUUGUUUGUAAAGACUUAUCCCAAAAUAUUUGAUUAACCAUGAGUUCCAUGUGUUUGGGUUAAAAAAAACGCUGCUUGUCGAAAGACACUGCGCUACUACUUGUAAAACUUGUAUAAUCACAUGUUCAGUUUGUUGUUUGAGACUUGAAAUAAAAUAGGAUUUAA